CCUCCAUCACACAAUUAGGAAGGAAAAUUAGUAUAUAUGUAUCGUGUAAACUUAAGAUACCAAUAAUCAAUCUUCAUUAUUCACAAUGAUCAAACUUGUGGUAGCACUCAUUGUCAUAGGAGUAAUGGUAAGGUUGGCAUGGAAAUUACUAAAUUGGGCAUGGCUAAAACCAAAAAAGCUUGAAAAAUGGCUUAGAGAAGAGGGGUUUGAUGGUACUCCUUACAAGUUGUUAAUCGGAGACUUCAUACAGCAAGCAAAAAUGAUGAAGGAAUCAAGAUUAAAGGCUAGUCCAAUUACACAUGAUAUCACUCCACUUGUGAUGCCUUUUGAUCAUCAUAUCGUCAAGACAUAUGGGAAAAGGUCUUAUUUAUGGUUUGGUCCGGUCCCAAGGGUCUUCAUCAUGGACCCUCAGCUAAUAAAGGACAUAUUUUUAAGACCAUUUGACUUUGAGAAGCCACACCCGGAUCCAUUACGUGAUAGCAUCGUGGGUGGCAUUGUCACUGCAGAGGGUGAAAAAUGGCACAAAGAACGUCAAAUAAUUAAUCCUGCUUUUUUGCUAAAACACAUCCAGAAUAUGUUCCCUUUGAUAAUCUUGAGUUGUAAUAGCAUGAUUGAGAAAUGGGAAAAGCUUACUUUAAGGGGUGGUCUGACAGAAGUUGAUGUGUGUCCUUUUAUCGACAACCUCGCUGGAGAUGUUAUUUCACGCACGGCGUUUGGCAGCUGUUAUGAAGAAGGACAUGUGAUAUUUCGCAUCUUGAGGGAACAAACAGAGUAUGCGAUUGAAAAUAUAGUUAUGAUUUUUCUACCAGGAGGAAGGUCAAUACCAACAAGGGCUAAUAGAAAGUAUAAAGACAAUGAGAAGGAGCUCCAAGCUAUAUUGCGGAAAAUAAUCGAUAAGAGGAACAAAUCAUUGAAAAUAGGAGAAGAUUCAUGUGAUGACUUACUUGGGACUUUGCUAAAAUCAAAUGCAAAAGCGAUGGAAGGAAAUGGAGUUGGAAUGAGUUUGGAAGAUGUAAUUGAAGAAUGCAAAACAUUUUACAAUGCUGGAUCUGAAACAACCUCUCGUUUAAUCGCUUGGACCAUGGUUUGUUUGUGUUUGCAUCCAGAAUGGCAAAUCAAAGCUCGACAAGAGGUUCAAGAAGUUUUUGGAUCACGGGAACUAGAUUUUGAAAGUCUAAAGCAGUUAAAGAUCGUGACAAUGAUACUGAAUGAAGUUCUUAGGCUAUAUCCACCGGUAGUUAUGGUUACACGAGCUACUACAAAGGAGACAGAGCUAGGAAACAUGAUGAUGCCAGCAGGCAUCCAAAUAGCCAUACCUAUACUAGAGAUUCAUCAUGACCGUGAAAUAUGGGGCGAAGAUGCGUCAGAGUUCAAACCAGAAAGGUUCACUAAUGGAAUUGGUGAUGCAACAAAGGAUAGAGGGUCACAUUCCUUUUUGCCGUUUACUGGUGGUCCUCGGAUUUGUAUUGGGCAAAAUUUUGCAAUGGUAGAAGCAAAGGUAGCCAUAGUAAAGAUUCUUCAACGUUUCUCCUUUGAGCUUUCUCCGUCUUACAAGCAUUCUCUUACGCCUGUGUUUACGCUUACGCCUAACUUUGGGGUUCACGUGGUUUUACGUACCAUCUAAAACAUGUGCUUGGUGUGAACACGCUUUGCUAGUAAUCUAUGUAGUUUCAUUUCAACAGUUUCUAUGUAUCUGAGAUAUUUUUAAACAAAUCGUAUUUAUAUGUACGUUGUUAUUAUGUAGAGACUUACAUUUAUACACAUGUUGUGUUCAAUUGA